AUGAUUGUGAUGCCCAUUCUAGUCCAUAGCUUAGAAAACACAGCUGGUUCCCAGAAAUCGGAACUACCAUCAGUUAAUUAUCAAGGUGUCCAGGGUAAACCUGGAUUAGAUUUUCCAGUACUGACAGCCAUUCCAAAAACGAGUUUCAGUUGUAGAGACAUUGAAACAGGAUACUAUGCAGAUUUAGAAACAAACUGUCAGGUCUUCCACAUCUGCGAAGAUGGAAAGAAAACGUCAUUUUUAUGCCCCAAUGGAACGAUAUUCCAGCAGUCUGACCUGAUUUGCGACUGGUGGUUCAAAGUGAACUGCACAAACUCUCCUCUGCUUUACGAAGAAAGCUCCGAGCAGCUCAAAGAGGAACUCAUCAAGAAAAAGUCAUCCCGCAGACUCACUCACAAAGGUUCAGAUAAAUAUCGUCUGAACUGGGGUUCUCAAAAAAAGUCGCCAACGAACCAAGAGGCUUAUGAGGACAAAAAGGACAAAGCCAAUUCGAAACAGAAUUGGUCUUCUGUUUAUAACGAACCGCAAUGGAGUGAUAAAGGUAAAAACAGAAAUCUCGAUCAUGCACUCGAAUACAAAACAAUCGAAAAUACUUCCACAACAACUGAAAUUCCAAAAAGAAAACAGAGUAACUAUAGAAAAAUCGUCAUGAGGAAAAGACCAACAGGAGAAACAAAACAAAUUACCAAUACUGCAAAACAUAGGGAUACAUCAGGAGAUUCGACCCGAAACACAUAUGAAGAAAACAUCAUGACUGUCACACCAGAAACAACAACCAAGUUCAUUUCAUCAACAUCCAGAAAAAGAUUCCAAUAUAAAGAUUUUCAAAAACCGUACAGUUCGACGAUAUCCAACAAGGUACAGGAAGCAACCACAACAUCUGGCUUUUACAUUUCAAGGAGGGCAAACCAGACUUCAAGUCCAAACAUUCCAACACAACAUAAAAAUAACGACAAUACAAAAUCUGAUUUGGAUAAAGAACCCCGAUAUCAAAACGAAUAUGUGAAUAUAUUUGUUGGAACGAGACAAAAGGUUCUCAGAGCCAACAACUAUAGGGUAUCCAAUAACCUCUGCAAAUCUUGCCAGAAGAACACAAAACUGGACUCCCCAACGAAAUACUUGAACGGAGACAGCAACACAUUAUCCGAAGAUUCCGAUGAAACUCAAGUGCCUCAAGAGACGGCUUCGAUAGUUGACAGUAGUCGUUAUAAAAAUUUCAACAGGAAUAAAGUGGAAAAAACAAAUGGAUACUAUGAAAACCACAAGCCAGAAUACACAGAAAUCAAGGAUCCUAGGUUUUACAACGAAAAAUACUUCAACAAUAUAGUACCAGUAACUUCCCAGUAUGUAACGACACAAUCAUUCAAUACCCGUAAAACGUUUGUUGGCAGUAGUGUUGGCACCCCUAUACCUAGAAACCAAACAACAAAUAACCGACAAAGUGUAACGUUGAACAUAGGAGACCAUAAUAGGAAGACGUUUAAACUCUCGGCUAUAGCUUUCAACACUGCUCAAGCACUUAACCCUUUCCAAAACGAAGAAACAGCUUUCAAAUCCCCUGUUUUAGAAGUAGUGAACACCCCUGCUCCUAUCAAACCAACGCAAGAACUCUCAACCAUAUCAUUCAAUACUGUAGAACCAUUUGAUCCUUAUAUCAGAACUGAUGGACCAAGUACGAAAGCAACAGCUGAUGUAGCUAAAGAAACAUUCGAACCCUCAACAGAGCCUUCCAACACUCCAACAUUGAAUCCUUUGAGCAAAACUGAAUUGAACUCCGAACCAGUUGAGAAUGAUAAAGACGUAUUAAAAAUAUCGACAAUAUCGCUGAAUACAGCACAAGCUUAUGAAUCCCUAUUCAGUGAAGAAAGUAGGUCACCUGUACAACCAAAGCCAACUGAGGAAAAAACUGAGUUACCUCCAUUAGUACUGGAAGUUCCAAACAACACAGCACCAUCGACUGAUCCUCCAUUUACUUCGAGGAGAUUGGAAAUACCCACAACCCUAGAGCCAGGGUAUCCUGAUGAGGUGGAAAUCAGGUUCAAAGAAGACCCUGAGGAGUUCCACCAUCAAGUGAGCUCUUCUACAGAGGGAUCAGAUAUAACAACAACUCCAAUACCAACAAGAGCCCCACUUCCUCGAUUGAAACCAAGACCUUUUGAGGUACUUUCAACAGAAUCAUCAUCUUUAGGAGUGAGUAACGAUAAGUCCGAGAAAUUUGAUGAGUUUCUACCCUACCCCUUCUUCAAAAUAUCCACUGCCAGCCCGUUCUCCUUACCAGAAGUUGCAACUCAAAACGAUAACUAUUUGGGAUUAACUGAAGCUCCAACAACUGAACCAACCAAUUUUUACAUAAAACCAGAUGGCGUGAGCGUGAAUGAUGACGGUCAAAAAUCAUCAGAAACCUUCAGACCUGGCUUGGUGGUACCUUCCUCAGUUAGUCCCCUAACCCUCCACACUUUAGCAGCAUAUUUCGAAAACGCCCUGAGCAACAUGACUUCAGAAGAAAGGGAAAAUUUAGAUUUGAACGAUGACAAUGUUGAUAUGGAGGAAAAACUUAGAGCUUUACUGAGCCAUAUGACCAGGCAGAAGUACGAGCAGCUGUUCAAACAGAUGGAAAGCGACGGUGAUGAUACCGUUGAAACUACGACAGUUAAAGAAGCAGAUUAUGAGGACUCGGAAGAGAAUCCGGAAGAUACCCAAAAGGUGAGAAAAUUGGCUAAACUAUUCUCCCAAGCUUUGUCUGACUACUUGAACGAUCCUAUGAACUUCAAAAACAGACUGAUUCAAGUCCGUCCAACUGAACCACCAAGCGAAGGUUACGUAUUCAGCACUGAAAAAGAACUGCUCAGCUUCUCUGAAGACGAUUCGAAAAACACCUUAGCCUCUUUGUACAACUCCACCUGGAGCUUCAUAACCCCCAACAAAACCGAGGUCAAUGCAGACCAAAACAACAACUUCAUCGGAUCUGAGGGAGAAGGUUUAUCGAUAGCUGACAGCCAAUCCUUCAUUUCUCAAUUUAACAGCUUGAAUUACGAAGAUAAACAGAAGGUAGGCUCGGACAAUCUGCCAAAGAACCACUGGACUUCCUCGCCUCACGCCACUAACCUAUGGAGAACCACUUUCGCUGUGGAUCCAUUCUCUUUAAACAAGGAUUUCCUAGUAACGGAAUCCUACACCGCAGUCGCCACUGAAACUGAACCAACGGAAACCUACUCAGAAGUGGAUCCUCCUUCCAUCUCCUCAGAAGAACAAGAAGAGAUCAAAUACGAACUUCGCGUAUUUCCAAAGUUACCAACCAAUUCAUCGAAACUCCAAGGUAUCUUGAUCGAUUUCAUGAAUUCAAGCACCACGUCGGAAUCGGAAAGAUUGCAUCGGAUUCUACGAAAACUGAACACGACCGAAGAUGAGUUCUUGGAUAGGAUGAAGAAGAUUGAAGAGAACCCUUUGACGAGGAGGCUCAUCCUCCUCCUUAUCCACGAGUGCGAAAGUACCAGAAACGAGAAGGAAGAACUGAUACCGUUCUUGAAUCCGGAGAGAAAAACUGAAGAUAAUUUCAGUACGGAUAGCGGUAGUGUUGAAGAUGAUGCGUCUGCGAAUAAGGAUCAAGACGCAAGGGCUUUGCAAUUACUGAAUUCCCUGUAUAAUAUUGCGACGAAGUUCGGAAGAUGAUAGCAUGUUGAACCUUUGUAUAUUUCGAAUAGUUUAUUAAUCAAUCUUGGGGAAAAGUUCAGGGUGAAGUCCAACCUGGAUAAAUCGAAGAAAAGGGGCUUUCUCUCUAUCUCUCUCGAAUUUCUCAGAUCUGGAACUUGAACUUGAUCGUUAGAGAAUGCAGGAACACUACUUCUGGCAAGUGUCUGAUUGGAUAUGCACCGUUUACAGUCCUAACUUGCUCCAUAUCCUUUUCGUUGUAAACCUUCCCUCAACUAGCAUACCAGUUCCAAAGCAUUUCCACAUAAUGUUGAAUUGAAAUAUCAGUUUUUAUUGAAAAAAAUUUGUUUCGAACAUCCCUAAGAAUGAAGAAAGUGAAAAUAUCUAGAAUUAAAGCGAUUCACGAAAUUUUGUAUAUAGUUUUUAUUACGAAUAGAUGUAGUCAGUUGUAUUUAUUAUUUUGUUUUUAUGACAUGUAAAUGUGAAAAAAGGCAUAAAUGUUGAAUAUUCCAUAUUGUAUAUUUUGAACCCUAUUUAAGUCAAUAAAUAAAAAAGUUACCAAUAUUG